AUGGCAAUGCAAGACGAAACAGAAAAUAUAUUUUUAAUUGGGCAUACUAAUUCUCAGAUUGAUGGAAAUCAAUUACCAUCCAACUUACAAGUUUUACAAUGUUUAUUUCAUAAUCUUCGAGUAUUGAAGCAUAAUUUACAUGAUAGUAAGCAAUUAGUUUAUGAUCGAUUGAUUAUUUUUUGGCAAAGAGUGAAAAUACCAAUCCAGCAAAAAUCUCGAUGCAUUGCAAAAAUUGACCGGUUAUAUAAUGAAUGGCGCAGCUUACAAAAAAGCUCUUCAAUAAGAGGAAUUACCCAAAUAAAUAAAGAGGAAGGUUUUUCAUCAAAUCUCCAGAACUUAUUCGACAUUGCUCAUCAUGAUGCUUUGACUAUGAUCGAUGAUAAGAUUAAAAAAUUUUUAUUAAAUCAACGUAAGCCUUGUCGUGUUGGAUUUAUCGAUGAGAUUGAAGAUCCAAUUUCUGAAAGUUCUGAACCUAGUUCGCAAAUUGAGUCAACAGACACAAGCUCUUUCAGUCAACAAAGCCUUCAGAGAGAUCCCAAUUUUGUAUUGGAAUUAGAUGAAUCACCACCAUCGAAAAAAUCUCGUGGAACAAUCGAUAUUUUCACUCCAAAAUUAUGCACAAUGUUGGAUAAAUGUAAAAUCAGCGAUCGUAAUGCGACUGGUCUUUUGAUAAGUUUUCUUGAAGCUGCUGAUCUCGAUGCUAGCCAAUACAUUGUUAAUAGAACUUCAAUAAAACAGAAGCGUGAAAAGUUUCGGGAAAAAAGAGCUGCGGAAAUUCAGCAUAGAUUUAAAAAUAGAGAUCUCAGUAAAUUAGUUAUUCACUGGGACGGCAAACAUUUACCUGACAUUACUGGUAGAAGCUUUGUAGAGCGUCUUCCCAUCAUAAUUUCUACAGAAAAAGAAACUAAAAUACUAUCGAUACCUAAACUCGAAAAUUCCACCGGUCGUGCAAUGGCCGAUGCAGUUUUUGAUGUUUUGCAAGAAUACGGGAUUAGUGAAUUCGUAGUUGGUUUGUGAUGUGAUACUACAGCUUCAAACACGUGACAAUUUAAUGGUGCAGCAGUGCUGAUAGAACAAUCAUUGGAACUAGAUCUCCUUUUAUUACCAUGUCGACACCAUAUAUUUGAAGUUAUACUGAAAGCUGUAUUCGAUUGUCAAAUUUUCAAUUUUUCCGGACCGAACGUGCCUUUAUUUGUAAGGUUCAGGAAAGAGUGGGAUAAAUUGGACUUUACAAAAUUUGAGUCUGGAAUAAAUGAUCCGAUAAUCUAUAAUAUUCUGAAAAAUGACAUUCUCGACAUCCAUGAGUUUGCAGAGACACAAUUAACUUUAAAUCAUGACAGAGACGAUUAUUUAGAAUUUUUAAAGUUGACAUUGAUAUUCAUUGGAGUAGUACCCGAUAAUGUUAUGUUUCAUGUUCCUGGAGCUAUGCAUCAAGCAAGGUGGAUGGCCAAGGCAAUUUACUCUCUAAAAAUUUUUCUUUUGCGAUCUACGUUUAAGUUGACUUCAAAUGAAAAAAAAAAAGCCUUAGUAUAGUUUGUGUUUUUAUCGUAAAAAUAUAUGUAAAAAUAUGGUUUAUGGCAUCAUCGUCGAUCAAAGCUCCCAAUUGUGAUUUUCAAUUGAUACAAUCGAUUUACAACUUCCAAUCAAUUGACAAAAAACUAUCCUCUGCUGCUUUGAAAAAAAUUUUGAAUCAUUUAUGGUAUCUCGCUCCAGAAAACUGUUUAAUGGCAUUAUUCGAUGACAGUGUUGAUAGAGAAACGAAAAAAAAAAAAAUGGUUCAAAAAUUAUUCGAUACUUCUAAUAACGAACUUGAUUCCUCAGAUGACAGUCAAAUCUAUAAUUCAAAAAAAAUGGUAGUAGCUGAAAAAGGUGUACCAAAUUUAUUUGACCACGGAUUAGAACAGUUCGUUAAUCCUUCUUCAAUUAGUUUCUUUCUCAAAUUGGGUUUGGAUACAAGUUGGUUGAAAGAUGAUUGUGAGAACUGGUAAGAAAAUAUAAAUUACCAGGUCUGUUUAAACGCUGUAAAUAAUUUACCAGUUGUGAACGAUGUUGCUGAGCGCGGUGUGAAAUUAAUGCAAGAAUACAAUGAUUUGUUUACGAAAGAUGAAGAUCAGAAGCAGUUUAUUAUUCAAAUUUUGGAUGAUUACAGAGUUCG